AUGCCAUUUGGAUUGACGAAUGCGCCUGCAGCAUUUAUGGACCUUAUGAACGGGAUCUUUAGACCCUAUUUGGAUAAGUUUGUGGUUGUUUUUAUUGAUGAAAUUUUGGUGUAUUCCAAGAAACCUGAGGGCAGUGCAGAACACUUAACAAUUGUAAUGCGAACUUUGAGAGAUCAUCAAUUAUAUGCUAAGAAAGAGAAUUGUAACUUCUGGAUGACCGAGGUCAAAUUCUUAGGGCAUGUAAUAUCCCAAGAAGGCAUUACUAUGGAUCCUGCGAAGAUAGUUUCUAUCUUGCAGUGGGAAAGACCGAAGGAUGUUGCUGAGGUUCGAAGUUUUCUUGGGUUAGUAAGUUACUAUUGUCGCUUUGUGGAGAAUUUUUCUCAAAUUUCUAUGCCCUUGACAAAGCUAACAAGAAAGGAUUUAAAGUUCGUGUGGGAUGACAAUUGUAAAGAAGCUUUCAGAGAAUUGAAGCAAAGAUUGACUACGGUGCCUGUUCUUACUGUGCCAAAUAGUGAGGAACCGUAUGUGGUAUUCACUGAUGUUUCUGGUACUGGUUUAGGAGGAGUUCUAUGCUUCAUGCCAAUUGAAGCCACAUGA